UUAAUUUCCAGGAACUCCUAGUUUCAAUAUAAGACCGUGGCCUAAUUGUUCUGUGUGGCAUGAGGAGCACAGUCGCCCGGCAUUCGUCUACGACUGGCUUAACCCUGUCAGAAUCGGAAGGCUAUCUCGGAUCUGCUCAUCACGUAAUCUGAUGACGAGAACAGAAGUCCUGUAUAUAAAUAAGGGCGACUGGUAGAUCUAGCAGUGUCAUGUUUUCUCACGCAGUGAGUUCUUUGACACAGGUGAAAUCUAUCGCUAAUAUUCCGAGGAUAAUGUGUGAGCUAGGCCUAAAUACAUCAUUUGUUAUCUUUCUCUCGAUUACGGAGAGGAGAAAGACAGAUCUAAUCAGGACAACAAAGGUUCAACUGUGAUGAAAAUCUCGUCGAUGAUAACGAAACUUGAGGAGGAGAGCAGCUUUUUUUUUAUUAAAAAAAAUAAUAAUAACAUUAUCUAGUCUCCAAACACUAAAGACAAAUCUCAACUAAGGCACAGAUUCUUGCCAAAGUGAGGAAAGUGUUUAAACAUGGCCGACGACGAUAUUAUGGUUCUUUUGAAAAGUGGUCAGAGUUUGACCUGUUCUGUUUUCCCACGCAUAGAAACUCAUGGUCCAGGACUCAAAUGUGAGCCAGACGAGCAGUGCCAUGAUUCAAAAACAGGGAGAGAUGAUAAUCAAAAUCUACGCUGUUGUGAAAGGAAUGUGAGUUCUUGCAAUCAAAAUCUACACUCUUGUGAAAGAAAUAUGAGUUCUGGUGAUCAAAAUGCACAUUGCUGCUGUGAUCAAAUUGUGAGCGGCGGGGAUCAAAAAGUACUCUCUACUGACAUCGAUAUAAAAUCACGCUUUGUUGAUAAAAAAACGCUCUGCGAUGAUCCGAACAGUUCCUUUGGUGACUCGGAAAACACGAAAGAUUCCAGCCCUUCCGUAAAGGGUGGACCAGGUGAAGAGGACAGUAACUCGAGAAGUUUCGUCAUAUCGGGAGACGCAGUAACGGCUGAGAGAGUGAGCAGUCAGAGGAACACGAAGACCAGCAUGGACACGGCGAGGAAUGAGAGAGACGAAUCUCACGAAGACAAGAGGAAGAUGGAAGAGGACAGGGUGAAAGAAGAGGGAGAGAAAGAAGAGGCAGACAAUUUGAGAGCAGAAAAUGACAGGCUGAAAGCAGAAAUUUGUGCCUUGCAAAACCGCUUAAUGAUGACACAGAUGAGCAAAGGAGCUCCCAUAGACAUCGGGGUGGUUGACCUCCGGGUUGGGCGAGUGCUGACGUGUCAACCUCUGGGCGACAGUGAAAACCUGACCAUACAGCAAGUGGACAUUGGAGAGGCCACGCCCAUCUCAGUGGUCACGGGCCUCAGGAAGCACGGGGUCACUAUUGAACAGAUACAAGGUCACCUGGGUGUGUUCUUGUGCAACGUGCGCCCAAAGAAAAUCAAAGGUGUGCGCUCAGAAGCUAUUCUCAUGGUUGUGAUGUCCUGGCAGAACCGCGCGGAGCUGCUUUUUGCGCCUCGAGACUCCGAGCCCGGGGAUAAAGUUCAGGUGGAGGGAUAUACAACAG